UCUUCAUCGUCCACCCCCAAAUCAAUGGCGUCGUUAGCCUCAUCUCUGCAGUCUCUGAAGAUCUCCUCCUCCCCAUUCACCCAUGGCUCCACUCCACUCUCUUCUCUCUCCAAACCCAUUUCCUUUCCGAACACUAGGAAGCCUGGUCUAGUCCCGGGGAUAAGAGCCAUGAAGACGAUGCAAGGACGCGUCGUGUGCGCAACGAACGACAAGACGGUGGCGGUGGAAGUGACGAGGCUGGCUCCACACCCGAAGUACAAGAGGCGAGUGAGGAUGAAGAAGAAGUAUCAGGCGCAUGACCCUGAUAACGUGUUCAAGGUGGGUGACGUUGUGAGGCUUGAAAAGAGCAGACCCAUCAGUAAGACUAAGUCUUUCGUCGCACUUCCUGUUCUCAAGAGGAAUGAUCUUGGGAUUCCGAUGGAGUCUCAGCAGCCGUCGCCGCCGCCAGGGGAAGAGUAGAGAUUGGUUGUUUAUUUGUCUUUGUCCAAACUUGAGUUGUAAUUCAGUUGAACUGUUGUUGUUCUUGGAAUGUGUAUUUCUUUUUCAGUUGAACUACUUGUUGUGUGAAGACUCUUUUUUUACCUACCUCCAGAUCUUCGUGUCCUUAUGUUUCCUGAA